AAUCCGCACGCUGCAUCAUUAAAGAAAAUGAGUCAACUUAGUUCUUUUUUAUAUUCACCAUUCUUCCAUCCAAAACCUUCUAAACUUUGAUCAGUGAGAAGAGAUAUAGAACUAUCUAGGGGAGGUUCACACCUUAGCACCUUCAAGCAGACUAGGUAGAAAGCAUACUGCAAUCUAGUACUGCAUCUGCAAAGUCAUAUCCUUCUGCAGCUUUAUCUAGUGGAACCUUGUUAUAGUUCAAUGUUGUUGCGAGGAUCUCGCUUGGUCAGACCUUUGCAGCUUCAAAGUGCAAAAAAUUGGCAAUCCUCUUUGAUAAAGGGAGGGAGGUCCAAUUCUAUCUUCCUCUUGGGUUUCCUAAUCAUUGCAGCCAUUCUAUCUUCUUUCCGGAUCCAACUUUCGACGAACCAAACACUACUGAUUACCGACAAGCAUGAGAUAUCCCCCAAAAAAAUCGAGUUUCCACUCAACUGUUCUAUGGACAUCAAUCAAACACAAACGUGUCCAACAAACUACCCUAAAUUCUUCAGUAGUGAUCGUCUUGACACAUCCUCGAACACUACAUGCCCGGACUACUUUCGGUUCAUCUACGAAGAUCUAAAGCCAUGGAGAGCCACAGGAAUCACAAGGGACAUGGUGGAAAGCGCAAAAGAGACAGCGCAUUUUCGGCUAGUUAUUGUUGAAGGCAAGGCUUAUAUUGAGAAGUACAAGAAGUCCAUACAGACAAGGGAUGUGUUUACUAUAUGGGGCAUUUUGCAGCUCCUUAGGAGAUACCCUGGGAAAGUACCUGACUUGGAGCUCAUGUUUGAUUGUGAUGACCUUCCUGUAAUCCGAUCACAAGAUUACCUGGGAGAGAACUCGACGCAGGUGCCACCGCUGUUCCGGUACUGCGGUGAUAGAUGGACAAAAGACAUUGUGUUCCCUGAUUGGUCUUUCUGGGGCUGGGCUGAGAUAAACAUAAAACCAUGGGGAAGCUUGUUGAAAGAUGUCGAGAAAGGUAACGAGAUGAGCAAAUGGAUGGAGAGAGAACCUUAUGCAUACUGGAAAGGGAACCCCUUUGUAGCCGAAACAAGGAGAAACCUCCUCAAAUGCAACGUCUCAGACACACAGGACUGGAAUGCUCGCUUAUUCAUCCAGGACUGGAUCCUUGAAUCUCAACAAGGCUUCAAGCAAUCAGAUGUAACAAAUCAAUGCACACAUAGGUACAAGAUAUAUAUUGAGGGCUAUGCAUGGUCUGUUAGUGAGAAGUACAUUCUGGCCUGUGAUUCAGUUACAUUGCUGAUAAAACCACACUACUAUGAUUUCUUCACAAGGAGUUUACGACCAGUGCACCAUUACUGGCCUAUAAGGAAUGACAACAAAUGCAAAUCCAUCAAAUUCGCUGUAGAUUGGGGAAACAAUCACAAACAAAAGGCACAAGCAAUUGGGAAAGCAGCAAGCAACUUCAUUCAGCAAGAACUGAAGAUGGACUAUGUGUAUGAUUACAUGUUUCAUCUACUAAAUGAAUAUGCCAAACUUUCAAAAUUUGAGCCAAAGAUACCUGAAGGAGCUACACAUUUGUGCGCAGAGACUCUCGCUUGCGCUGCAGAUGAGUCAGAGAAAAAGUUCAUGAACGAGUCGUUGGUGAAGAGUCCAUCGAUUACAAACCCCUGCACCUUGCCGCCUCCUUAUAAACCCCAAGAUCUUGGAAACUUAUACAGGAAUAACAUCAAUUUGAUAAAACAAGUAGAAAAAUGGGAAGAUAAGUACUGGGAGAGUAUCCAGAAUAAGCAGCAGUAACUUUAACUUGUAGUUUUACACCAAGCACAUUUAAAUACUAUUGCCUAGCAAUGUCAAUUCUAUGAAACACA